AUGGAGAAAGGAGAAGGGGAAAAUCAAACAUCUAUCACAGAAUUCAUCCUGCUGGGAUUUGGGAAUCUCCCUGGACUGCAAAUUCUGUUCUUCUUGCUAUUUCUAGGGAUUUACAUAGUCACCAUGGCUGCAAACUUGCUCAUUGUUGCACUAGUUGUGGCUGAUCAGCACCUUCACAACCCUAUGUACUUAUUCCUAGGGAACUUGUCCUGCUUGGAAAUCCUCUACAGCUCCACCAUCCUGCCCAGGAUGCUGGCCAGUUUCUUGACUGGGGACAGAACUGUUUCUGUUACUGGCUGCAUGGUUCAGUUUUAUUGGUUUGGUGUCCUAUUGACUGUUGAGUGUUAUCUGCUAGCUUUGAUGUCUUAUGAUCGGUACUUAGCAAUAUGCAAACCCCUGCACUAUGGAACACUUAUGAAUGUCAGGUUCUGUAUGCAGCUAGCAGCUGGAUCUUGGCUAAGUUCAUUCAUCAUUCUUGCUACAAUAAUAUAUUUGGUGUCACAAUUAGCCUUUUGUGGCCCUAAUGAAAUUAAUCAUUUCUUCUGUGAUCUCGCCCAAAUGAUUAACCUCUCCUGCAGUGACACCGGUCUGGUUAACCUGGCGACCCUUGUCUUCUCUUCCACAAACAUCAUUCUACCAUUUCUUUUGACCCUGACAUCUUAUGUUUAUAUCGUUUCCACCAUCCUGAGAAUCUCUUCUAACAUUGGGAAGCAAAAGGCCUUUUCCACCUGCUCCUCCCAUCUUAUCGUGGUGACAAUUUACUAUGGGACUCUAAUAACUGUCUACAUGUUACCAAACACCGGAGCACUCAGAAUCCUGAACAAAUUUGUUUCUAUGCUUUACACUGUCUUGACACCCCUGAUCAAUCCCCUCAUUUACAGCCUGAGAAACAAAGAGGUAAAGGAGGCCCUGAGGAGAGCUCAGCAGAAAUAUCUGGUGUUCCCAUACAUUCUGAGAAAUUGA